GGUGAUAGCCGACUCAUUGACUCAACGUUCAGCAACAGUAUCAGUGACCUCGUCGGUAGAACCUUCGUAAUGGCAGGACGAGGAAGGGGACGCGGACGGGACAAGUUUACCUUUAACAUUGAUGCCUUGGGCUUAGGGAGAGGGGAAGCUUUGCCUCCAUCUGUGCUGAAACCUUCUCCGCUUUUUCCACCCAUGCAGUUCAGACCUGUGCCAUUGCAGACAGGAGAAGAUGUGGAGUACAUGCUUGCCCUGAAGCAAGAACUGAGAGCGACCACCAAGAACUUGCCCUUUCACAUCAGACCGGUUGGACCAAAGAAAGAUGUGGACCGGUACUCUGAUAAAUACAACGCCACAGAGCCUAAAAAUGUCACUGAGUGGAAUCCAGACUGGAGCAGGCUACCUAAAGAGCUGUGUACCAAAGCACGAAAGCCCCAGAAAGCAAAGGCAAGAGCACAAAGAACUCGUAAACCGAAAACACCUGCAGUCAAAGAGGAGGUUAUUCAGAAACUGGAAACGCUUGAAAAAACAGAAGUAGAAAAUAACUCUGAGGAGGAAGACGAGCAGGAGAAGAAGAAGAAGGAGAAAGAUGAUGAGGAGGGGGAGCCAGAGGAGGAAGACUACGACGAAGAGGAAUUUGAAGAAGAAACCGAUUACAUCAUGUCUUACUUUGACAACGGCGAGGACUUUGGGGCCGAGAGCGAUGACAAUAUGGAUGAAGCUGUUUACUGA